AUCAGUGUUUGCGUCGAAGCAUACUUGGGUAGGUCCAGGUGAUAAGUAGAAAGUAAAUAUUGUUUAAAUGUCUAACACUAAUGCGAUGGAAAAUGAAAAUGAUCCAGUGGUCAAAGAGAUCCCAGUGUUCCUUUCGAAAACACUUGCAGAGAAAUUGUUUAUUUUUCAAUAUCCUGUCCGACCUGCUAAAGAAGGCUAUGACAAUGCAACCGUUCUGAAAUCCUCCAUAAAACCACAAAAUCAAGAGGUUCUUAUGGAAGUAGCAAUAGACACACACAGUGUAAAUUAUGACCAAAGCAAAGGUGAACAAAUUGCAAUCAAUGCAGAUGGUGAUGCAAGAAGUGAACAAGAUGAUGACGACAGAGCUUUUGACAGUCAUUUUAUGGACAAAACAGUUUUACAAUCUUCUCGGGUAUUACCAAACUGUUCUAAUUAUGCAGUAGGUGUUUUUCAAGACGGAGAAUUGCAUUUAACACCUGUGACAGGAGUUGUUCAAAUGCGUCCACAGUUCAAUUACCUUGAUAAAAGUGAUAAACGUGUCAGAGAGGAAGCCAAAAAUAUGGGGGAAGAAUUAGAUGAAGAAGAAGAAGGCCCAAAACAAGUCAAUGUAACUUUUGCCAGACAGAAACCAGAGUUUAUGAAAAAGAUGCAGGAGCAAUCUUUUCAGCACCAUACCCAGAAAAGUUUAGAGGAGAGAUGGAUUCAUACAAACUAUAUUCCAACAAACAGCACUCAAGCAGAGCUUACACGUUUGGAAAUGUAUUGCUCUGCAACUGAUGAAACUGUAAAUACGCUGAAUUUAUCAAUGUCGCAAUAUUUAGAAUUAUUAGCACCAAGAAUGAAAGAAGAACAAUAUGUAAAAACAGAUAUUUCUAAUACUACAACAUCCCUUAAUUAUAUUAGAACCUUACCUCUUCUGGAUCAAAUUAGAACUCUUCUGAAAGAUGCCAAAGUUAUAUCAUUUGUACAGUUACGAUCAAUUUUAUCACCAGAUCAAGAAACAGCAGCUAUUUUAAAGUAUUUACAACAAGUAGCUGUUUUAGUACAGGGAAAUUGGGUUGUAAGUAGCGAACUUGUAUAUCCAAAGGAAAGUAUAUCUUCAUAUAAUGGCAUUCCCGCAGAACUUAUGUGUAGAGCUAGGGAUUACAUUUUAUUAUCUUUUACGGAACAUGAAUACUUAGAUAGAAAGACAAUUUCAUCGGUAGUUAAAUUACCCCCCGAAGAAAUUAAAGAAAUAUUUACAAACUUAGCAAUACACGAACCUAAAAAGGGUUGGCGUUUAAUAAUUCCGCCUGUUAAGGAUUUUAUUGAAAGAUAUCCUGAAAUAGCACAAAGGCAGGAAAUGUUUUGGGAAGCAAAACGAAAACAUCUCCGCGAAGCAAUGGAAGUCCAGAAUCAAGUUCCGCAACGUCAAAGGCGGAAGUCAAACAGAGAAUCUGUGGGAUCUGAAAAUGAGGAGAAAAACGUCGGACGUGGUAGAAAAACAUUAAGGGAUUCUUCGAUGUCCGACAAUGAUAGCGCAACGGAACCAGUGAAACAUAAAAAAACUAUUCGAUCUCGAAAAGUGUCUGAGACCACGUGACCAAAGUUGA